AGCGUGGUCGCCUCAGUUUCCGCUGUUAUUUGAAACCGUAAACAGCUUGUCCGUCUACAAAAUGUCAAACAAGGGAUUUAUAUUGAAUAAAAACCAAUAAACACUAAUCACCAACUCUUAAAGGGCAUCUGGCCAGGAUGGAUCAGCAGGAGCAGAAGGAAUGGGAUGCUGUCAACAGGUUGUUGCAACAUCACGGGUUCAAACCUGUGAGCUUUGCUGAUCCAACCGAGAACAAGAACCUCGCAGAGUUGGUUCUGUUGGAGCGCAAGUCCGCGGCUGACAUUCGGCUUAUGUUUAAAACCAUGCUGUCAGAUUCAGAACGAAGACAAGGUUUGAUUCAAGAACUGAUUCAGUCCAACAGCCAGUUAAAAGAAGAGGUCCAGCAGCAUCAGACGCGAGCUGCCCGUCAUUCUCAGAGGGCGGCAGAACUCGAGGGCGUCCUGGAUGGGGUGAAGGUCAAAGUUCAAGACCUGGAGGACUCGUACAUUCAUAAAGCAUCCCAACAGCACAGCCAGUUCACUCAACUCCAGCAGGAAAAGAAAGAUGCAGAGAGACGAUGUGACUCUCUGGAGCAGAAACUCUCACAGGAGGAAGAUCAAGUAUCUCAGCUUCAAAAAAAACUCCAGUACGCUGUGAGAGAAGAAGAGAGACGAGUGGCCCGACAGAACCAGGCCUUCCAACAGAUCCACCGCAGAUCCAUCCGACCCAACUCCACCACAGACCAGCAGAUUUUGGAUGUCAUUGAUGUUUAUGAGUCCCAAAUACAACAACUGCGUAGUGAGGUUAAAAUGUCUAAAAGCGGCUCGGGAGACGCUUUAAAUUCCCAGAAGAACAGAUCAAGAGUAGAGAAAGACCCCACAGACACACUGUCCAACUACAAGACCAUUUUGAAGUCGUACCAGGAACAGCUGAAGGAGACCAAAGCUCAGCGUGAAGAACUCAAGAACGAAAUUCAGAAGCUUAAAGCGGAUCUGGAGUCCAGACCUACUGCAAAGGAAUUAAAGACGUGCAAACAGCAGCUGAGACGAAUGGAUCGCUUCAUCCAACAGAGUAACGUCAAGUCAUCUGUGAAAACAGAAGAUUCUGCGGAGACACGAAACACAGACAACACCAGCAUCCAGCACCUGGACGCCUCUACCUGCAAAAGAUAUCUUAUCGAUGUUUGCAGUGAACUGAAGAUUCAAGAUGUCAGUCGUCUCAUUCCUGAUGUAAAGGACCGAUGCAAAACAGCCGAAUCUGCAUCGGGACUGCAGAAGAUCCUUCGUGACAUUACAGGAGUCCUGACCAAUCAGAGGGCUCCUCUGGGGUUGCUUAGACAGCAGGGGGAGUUUGAAGUGAUCGUUUCCACUUUAGCGGUCUGGAGUCAACAACUAAACGCUUUAAACGAACUCCAUCGUGCGCUUUGCAUACUGCAAAAGAGGUUGUUGCCAUGGCAACCAGGGGCCGGCACAUGCAUCUCAGAUUCCAUCCGGGUGGAAGAUUUGAUGCUGAUCGUCGACACGCUACUCGACGAAACGACAUCAGACGACAAGGUUCUGCGGAGUCCUACUAGACACACUCUGGAAUCGAUGGUCGCUCACUUCCAACAGCUCUUUGACGUCAGCUCCCUGACAGGAAUUUAUCCUCGAAUGAAUGAGCUCUACAGCAAGCUGGGCGAGAUGAACAACGCCAUGAGGAACCUCAGAGAUGUGCUGGACUUAGAUGACAGAGCGCCACCUAGCGAGGUUGUGAACAAAGUCGCUGGAAUUGUGUCCCAGACUAGCAACAAGGCCUCAAAUCAUGAACUUUACAAGCUCCUGGAAACCAGUGACAUCGACAGCAUCAUCAUAAAGUUAAAAGAACAUGAAGAAUUCUUUCCUGCAUUUCAUUCGUUCAUACUUGAGCUUCUGGAAACUUUGGACGUCCAGAAUCUAGACAACGUUUUACCAACACUACGAUCGCUCAAGUCGACAGUCUGAAACAAGGCUAAUGGUUCAUAACAUUGCGUGGUUUCAGUCCUGAUUUUAUUCUGUGAGUGUGUAGACAAUACUGCAAUUGUUCAUAUUUGAUUUUAUAUUAUAAAUAAAUCACAUUCCUGCUGUG